CGUCUCGUUCCAGUUCCUAGCCGCAAGGUGUCGAUGCCCAUGGGCGACACUCACACCUCGCUCACACUCGGGACAGCCUAGGCGGAUCCAUGCUUUCCAACGAAGCACGCCCAUCCAACCUAGGCGAGACAAGGGUUCACAUUUCGUUCAUCACCCUUGGCCGGCUAUCGAACAGCCGGACUCCCAUCAAAAGAUGGUUGCCAAGAACAUCUUCGUUACGGUUUGCUAAUUCUCGGAAUAACAUCGACAAAACUAGGGGAAGGUUUAAAAAACCCACGGUAGUAUGAAGUGCUACUCGAAAUCUUUGCCACCCGUCUCGUUCCAGUUCCUAGCCGCAAGGUGUCGAUGCCCAUGGGCGACACUCACACCUCGCUCACACUCGGGACAGCCUAGGCGGAUCCAUGCUUUCCAACGAAGCACGCCCAUCCAACCUAGGCGGGUGGAAUCGAUGCCCAUGGGGACAUCUCGCCCACGCAAGGCAAGCCCAUUCUCCUCGACGAUUCAGCAGUUUUUGUCCGAGAACUGCUGAGAAAACUCGGAAAAAGGCAACAAAACCGAUCGCCGGAAAAGUCGCCGGAAAAGUUUUCCGGCGAAAAUCCCGGCGGCCGGACGGUCGGUCAUUCCUCGUGUCGAUAUCCGAUACCAUCCCUCGAUCGCUACCCAAGUCCGAACCGAUAAAGGGGGUUCCCACGGACUGCCCAGACUCCCUCAACACCCACCCCCCUAUAUAGCUUAAUAGCCCUUUUCCCUCUUGGCACCAACAGACAUUGAAAUGUCUGAGGAGACACCGGUGCCAAAAAAAAAGAAAUACUUGGAAUUUGAAAAUUCUUUUUGGCAUGCAUCAUAAGGAUACUAAAUCCUAUUUUCUGGUAAAUUUACAUAAUUUUCUGACACCUCUAGCUAGGUCAUUUGACCUGAUACAACAUCGGAUUUUCAUGGUCUAGUUGGGGCUCCGUGGGCAUAUUUGAUGCAAACUUGACAUCCUAAACUCUUUAUUGAUGUAUUUUAAGAGAUUCGAUCACAAAACAUUGCAUCAUAUCCAAUGAUUUUCGAAAGUUAUUCGGCAACAUUUUUUUUUCUCGGACAUCCGGCCGUCCUGGUCGACGAAUCCUCGGA